AUGUUAUGUGAAACCGGCUGUUCGCGUAUCUCGUGUCGCGCGCACAACUCGCCUUACUCAGUGAACAAGUUCUGGAGAGUUGCGAACCGCCUGCACAAUCGGGUGGCGCUGAUGCAGCCGGACACGGUGCGUUGCGGCUCGCGUCGGUCGCCGCCGUCUCAGAACCAGUACAGGUCCUUGGACGUGUCCUGCACCUGCGCCUCCAGACCUGCGGACAAACAAAGCGGGACGGGGCCGCCCGCGGGCGGGGCCACGCUGCGUCGCGAUUGGACGAACGCUAAGUGGGCGCAAGAGCGCGGCCCACGCUGCGGCGGCCGGACACCGCCCGUCGCUUAUGCGCGCCUGGUAGCGGCCGGCGGAGCGAAUGCCGGACAGGACGACGGGAGCGCCGAGCCGCGGCUCCAGUGGGCCCCGGGCGGCCGCCGCUUAAUGGACUUGCAAGGAAAUCAAAUAGACUGUUACGGGAAACUAACGGCUAUUCGAUGU